CUCGCAACCACAAACACCUUCAAGUUUCGAACAGGAAGGGCCAGCUCUGAAAAUGGCGUUUGUUUGGAUCCUGGGCGUUUACAUAGCUUUCAUCGCUUUGUUUCUCCUCGUCAUGCUCUUUGGAGAGUCACCGGCAUUCGAAGGCACCAUUGUGCAUUCUGCACACACUUUUAUAACGUCGCGGAGCUGCGAAUUGAUCCAAGUGGGGAUACAGCGCGCCUGCGGGGAGCGUGCCGCGCGCUUCUGCUCAGGGGCCUGCGAUGCUUUUCUGAACAAACCAAACCCAGCCUUGCAGAUCUUCUACUUGGUCCUGAUCGGAGGGGGUUGGCUGCUGUUUGCAACUGUCGCGCUUCCGCUCAUCCCGGGUCUUUACCUCUCCGCUAUACACAGGUACACUGCCCCACUAGCAGUUCUCGGUUGCCUAACCACCUUCCUGUUAACCAGCUUCUGCGACCCCGGGGUCUUAACCCCGUCGAACGUUGACGCGCACCUGCGCGCCUUCAAGAUCGACAACCAGAUUUAUGAGGAAAAAGUCUGCGGCACCUGCCAGCUGCCAAGGCCCGCUCGGUCGAAGCACUGUAGUGUGUGCAACCGCUGCGUCGCCAGGUUCGACCACCAUUGUGGCUGGAUGAACAACUGCAUCGGGGAGAGGAACAUUCGAUUUUUUGUCGCGUUUCUCAUCGGGCAUACAUUGCUUUGCUGGUAUGGCACGUACCUCAUCGCCCAGAUCUUGAGGGGCGAGGUCGACAGGCGAAACUUGCUGCCGUUUGUCAGAGCGGAAGGCUAUCUGCGGCCGGAAGAAGGCUGGUGGGGUGUGGCGGCCCUUCUUACUCAGUGGCUGGUGACGUACUUCUCCAACCUGGUGAUGCUCGGCGCUUUCACGCUCGUCAUCUCGUGGCUGCUCGCGAGCUUCGCCACGUAUCAUCUGUACCUCAUCUACAAGAAUACAACGACCAACGAGACAUUCAAAUGGGCGGGCUAUCAUCGGUGGCUUCGGGAAGAGGCGUUGGAAAAAGCAAAAGCGGACGCCGCUACGAAGCCUGUGAAUAGCGGGGUAUUGGUGGCAGCCCUGCCGUCGGAAAAUCACGUAAGAGAAGAAGACGAGAAGGGUCUAUCAAAGGGGGAGGGAGCGAGGGAUGUUUCUCGGAGUAUGUUCAGACGCUUAAGCAGGGGUUGGUUGUCCAGGACGCGCUGGAGGAACCAUGUAGAGAUGGCCAUCCCUGAGGUGAAGAACAUAUACGAUCAAGGUCUGUUUGAGAACUUCAAAGAGGUUCUCAUACCAAGGUCGACAAGGACCGGCAAAAAGAUUGACUAAAGGCCACGCGCAGCCCGAAUGGAACGUCCGAUCACAUUUGCCAACUCGAGCGUCCCUUUGCUUACCCUCGUGUGCCGCAUCCUGUCGGCGCACUGGCGGACCUUCGCAAAUCGAGCAACAUUUGUUGUUAGGCUAGCUGACGGUAAGGUAUAGGGCGUGUACAUAAGCUGCUGCAUCCGAUGGCAGUUCCUGUGGGCACCGCGACGUUCGGUGGAUAUGUGCUCAUGUUCAAUGAAGUCAGAAUCCCAAG